GUCAAUACCUCAAAACAAAUUUCAUACGGAGUAAUAAAGAAGAGAGAGAGAGAGAGAGAGAGAGAGAUCAAGAAGAUGACUGAGGAUGGCCUGCGUUUCCGGCCAACUGACGCCGAACUGCUAAAGAUGUUACGGCAGUUCACUGACGGGGAGUACACCGGCGGCCUUGUGGAGCGACGUGACCUCUACGCGCAUGAAGAGCCAUGGGAGAUUUGCACCGGCCGUGGCACGGCGGCAGCCGAAGACAACACCUGGUACUUCUUCACGGAGCUAAAGCGGAAACCGGCCAAUAAGCGUCCUGGGAAGAGGUUUAUCCGGUCCGUUGGGAAGGGGACGUGGCACGGGACGAGUAAAGUUGAGACUAUUUUCAACCCCGAGCGGAAACAGUCUCUAUUAGGGUUCAAGAGGAACUUCACCUACUGGGGAGAUGACGAGGAGCGCAAGGGCGAAUUCGUCAUGAAUGAAUUCUCUCUCCCGGAAGGCACCGCCAAAUCCGACCGCAAAGAUUUCGUCGUAUGCCGGCUGAAGAGGAAGAAGAGAGGACCAAUCCACAACGACAACGAUGUUGCCGCGGAGGACGCUCCAAGAAUGAUGUUAUUGUCACAAGAACAAGAAAACAACAACGAUGAUGCCGCGGAGGACGCACCAAGAAUGAUGUUAUUGUCACGCGAAGAAGAAGAAGGAAACAACAACAACAACAACACUAACGAUGAGGACGUAUCGUUUUCGUACGAUGAGCUGUUCGGCGGAAUGGAGGUCGAAGACAUGACCGCCGCCCCCGGCCCCGCGUUAUUACAACAAGAUGCCGGAAGUAAUGAGACAUAUCCCUAUGCAUGCACCACCAAUACGGCGGCGGCGGUGGCGGAUCCUCUAAUAAGUGGGGUUUCGGGUGACACAACAUGGACGCUAGAGAUGGUGGAAGAUUUCUUGCUAAAAGACGGCGACGAUGACGUUGGCGGCAGGGAAGCAGCGGCUAGUGCGGCGGUGGCGAUUCAAGAAGAUAACAAAGCUGAUGAUGAAUGGAUUUUGAGUAUGUUGGAUGACUUUGAAGUACAACACGGCGGCAGCGGCAGCGAGCACAACUCCUUUGAUGAGUUCCCUGGUGGUGGUUCAGUGGCAUCACCCGGCCAUAUGAGUUUUGGUCAUAACUUUGAUGAAAUGUUUUUGUAAUGGAAUGAUUUGUAAUCUUUCUGGGUUUUCUAACGGUUCUUCGUAUCAAAAGAGUGGAACCGCAUGUUAUGCAUGGUGUGCAUGGGCCGCGAGAGGAGGACACGACGCGCAAGAAAAGGGCAACGGGCCGGGCCAAGAUGAAACGGGCUGAUGAGGAAGCAAGGGUUCACGAGGAGGAGCGUGGGGAGCCACGCGAGCGACGGGCGAGAAGACCCCGGGUUGGCACGGGGAUUAUGUUCUCAAGUGAAUUAAGAGUUUUAUAUUUUAAUUACAUGUAAUAGAUUUUCUUAGGUGGG